GUGCGAAAGGAAAGGCAAAGCAAAAGGUCAAUUGCCAACUUCUCGCUCACCAAAAGGAAAGGCACUCCCAAUUGUUCAGGAAUUCUUUGAGUACUGUCACACCCGACCAAAAAACGAAGAAGGGAAGGCACUCCCAAUUGUUCAGGAUUUCUUAUAGUGCUGUCACAUGCCAUUCCCCUGUUUUCUCGGUGAGAUAAACUGCGAAAGCCCUCUUUCGCCACCAAUGCACACAAAAGCUCAAGUACCACCAUCAGCUGGUUUCACUUCCCUCGUUCACCACCGCCGAUCAAUCAUCUUCACCUGCUCUCUCUCUCUCUCUAAUGCAAUUCAUACAUAUAAGCAACCAAGUUCAAAACCUCAAAACUCCAUAAGGCCACAAAGAAAGUUUCACUUGAUCCGAAUUAGCCAACAGGUGAAAGGCACAGGUUCUUGAUCAUUUCUUCCUUCGAGGUCAAUUCAGGCAUCUUGAACCUUGUUGUUCAUCUGAUUGAAGAGAAUUGAACUGCCGAGGUGUAUUCAACAACGGCAGGCAAGUUCUGAUCUCGUAAGCUGUGGUGUUCCUUUUUAUACUCACAGAAGAUGGUCUUCAAAAUGAGGACCUUCGAUGUUGAUCCUGGUUCAGACCCAUUUGCUCCUUUUUUAACGCUGCCGCCUUCUCCUCCUACAAGAAGUGCCACUUGCUUUGGAGGAGUAUUUGGACGAAUUGCCAUUACUUCUCCACGGGCCGCUUUGCCUGCAACGCUGCAUGGUACUCAACAACAGAGGCCUCUCUCUGGAAAGGAACGGCUCGGGGUUGGAAUAGUCGGGGAAUCGGAACACCAGGAAUCAACUACAUUAAACUACACAAUGCCAUCAGCGAAUCAAAAAUUAAAGAGUCAGGUCAGGUCCCUAAAUUGCUUUAAAUCCAGGAACAAUGCUUCGCUGUCCUCUGAAAGGGUUUCAGCUCUGACGAGAGUCGAAAAGGCGAAGCAAUCGGAGGAGCCUCUUAGGAAAGUCAUGUACUUCAGUUGCUGGGGACCCAACUGAAUAUUGUGCUCCAAGAUGUUAAUAGACAUCAUUAUGCAAGGAUCUCGUUUCUCAGUCUUUACAGAAGUGCGCAUUGCACUGGAUGAUAGUAUCUAGAACUAAAAUAUUUGGAAGGUUCAUUAGUUGCUCGACACAAAAAAGCAAAUAAGAAGUUAUGUUGGGUUCGAUGUACUGCUGCUCUUAUGAUAACUCGAUAGCAACUUGCAAGAUCUCACUCCAUGGUGUUUCUGACACAAUCUGGUACCGAUUCUGCGGCAAGUGACUCAGUUGAUGCGAAUUUCAUUCAACAGAUGAAGCUUUCAGGAAUGUGCUCUUUCAUAGGAAAUGACUCCUUAAAGAGGAAAAUCUUGGUCGAAGUUGAUAUUGGGUUUCAGAUACUGAGCAUCAUAGAUCAACAAUGUUAACCAAAGCAAAACCUUUUUUUUUUACUGCUAGACGUUUAUAUUUAAUUUCGUCUAAACUCUAAUUCAGGUUUCUGCUAUUACAUGUUGCCUCAUCACACAGCGAUAACUUGAGCCAAAAGCAUUCUAAGUUUCUAUUAAAAAGUUUAUAUUCCAGUUGUCUUGGAGCUUUCUUGGCCAAAAUAUGGUUUCUUGGGAAUACAACGUAAUGUAUAUGUGAGCGUAUAUCCAUAUAAUUGGCAAUAAGCCGAUCGUAUACUCAUUGGUCCUU